AGUAAAGGCGAAGGAGUAAGGCGAGAUGCAGGACGUGCAAGGAUCCAAGGCGAUGAAGGUGCUGGCCAGCAUGGUUCUGACGGUUUUUUUUGCUGCCAGCCAGUUCGUGGUGGCAAUGGGACAGGACAUACCACCGCUACUAAUAAACAUCGGUGUUAUGAGAGAUACGAGGGAAACUACGACGACCGAAACGCUUUUAGUAACGGGACCAGUGGAGCGCCUGAACGACUCGCAGCAGAUACUCUUUACUGCAACGCAACUUAUGACGGUUUCCUCUGCUGGCCACCAACUCCUGCUGGUGAAACCUCGUACCAACAUUGUCCCGAUAUUCGGCUGAGUGACGCGAGAAAGUUCGCGUAUCGAAGGUGCGGUGCGGAUGGGUUGUGGGUCGGGCGACACCUAAAUGAUACCUCUGCUAUCGGUUGGACCAACUAUACGCCCUGUUUCCCUGCACUCGUACAAAACCUAUUUGAUAAAGUAUAUGAUGACGAAGAUGAAGCACAGAUCAAAUUCGAAACGGCAGCGUACACCCGCACUCUGGAAAUGGUUGGGUAUACGUUAUCUUUCCUUGCAAAUUUGGGGGCAAUAUAUAUAUUCAGCGUAUACCCAGCUCUCCAUAAUAGACGAACAAUAAUUCAUAGAAAUCUAUUUUGUGCGCUUUUAACGGAAACUGCCGUUCGAAUUUGGCUGUACUGGAAUCAAGUCGAGUAUAUCAUUGGCAAGGAGCAAGUUGAGGAUAAUCUGUGGAGACGCAUCGAGAAGAUCCCGUAUGUCUGCGAGAGCUUUUACGUACUUCUAGAGUACUCACGCCUCGUAGUCUAUGCUUGGAUGUUCAUCGAAGGCAUCUUCCUCAACACACUGGUCUCGGCAAACACGCUCCGUAAUGAGAUUCCAAUAUUUUACUUUUACGUCGGUGGGUGGGUGACACCCAUCUCUGUGAUAGCUGUUUGGGUAUCUGUGGUUUCGUCACAUUAUUCUGAUGACGAUGUUAGAAGUUGCUGGUAUGGGUACAACUACUUACUAUCCUACUACAUAGUUCAGGGGCCAAUAUUCGCCAUUCUCGCGAUCAACUUCAUAUUCUUGGGAAGCAUUAUGAAGGUGAUAGUCACAAAAUUACGUCGUACGAACGAUUCCGAGCUUAAAAAGAUGAAGAAAACGGUCCGUGCUGCUUUAAUACUCUUGCCACUGUUGGGCAUUGUGAACGUAUUCAAUCUAAUUGAGUACCCUCUAGAUGGGUCAUCUACAGGUUUUGCCAUCUGGGCGUACGUCACUCACUUCUUCCGCUCAUUCCAAGGAGUCUUCAUUUGCACCAUCUACUGCUUCAGGAAUGCGGAGGUCAUCAAGGUUAUUUCCAAAGCUUGGGAGAGACGUAGAUGCUGUGCAAGACGAAGGCGCCGAAAACCGCCCAAAUUCGAAAUACGGCGGACUCGACCGAUCUUCCAUAUAACCGACAAUGAAGGCAAUGAACAAAUCCAGAUGACAAUGUUACCGUACAGACGCCCAUCUAGCACAGGCAUUGACGUCGAAGCCGGACCCAGCCGUUUUAACGCUCACACGUUCUCAGAAGUCACAGUACACGUACCAACAGAUAAUCUUCCCAUGUCAAACUUAUUAAGCAACAUCGAGAGAAGGCGAACUUCAUCGGAAUUACCUCUACGAGUAACCCAGCCAGUAGACCGAAUACCCGGUUUCCAUCAAUACAACUGUCACACUCUCCACAGGUACCACAGGACCACGUUACACACAGUACCCAGAGCCCGUCGUCACCAAUUCUACCGACCAGGUCUGGUAGGCCAUGGUAACCGCAUGGACCGCUUCUCCAUCAGCAGUUGUAUCUAAACCACCAAAGAUCCACGACCAUAAGAAAGCCAGCCCACCUUUAUUAAUUAAUUUUACAAGAGACUUUAUUAGUGAAUAAAAUUAAGUGCAUCGAAGUACAUCCCUAGGUUUAAAAAAAGAAGUACAUCAUUAUCAUAAGUUAGGAUAAAAAUGAAGUACAUCAUAUUAAACAAAUAUUAAAAUAUUAAACCGGAGUGGGAGAGAAAGAGAGUAGGACUGGGUUACUGAUCCUCUAACAUCAGCCCCCAAAUAUCAGUAAUCCAGUUCAGGAAUGUUAGCCAAAGUUAUUGAACUUUUUUAUAAUCUCGUACUUAUAAUAAUUAUUGUUUUAUAUACCUCUGAAUAAGAUAAUCUUAGGAGAAUACGUAGAUUUUUUUACUGUAUCAUAAAAGAUUUAUAUUUUGAUGUCAAGAAUAAAAAGAAAAUUUCUUGAUAAUAAAAAAAUAAAAUUCAUAAAGAG